CUAAUGUGCAUAUAAAACAUUAUAAAAUCUCAUUCUAUUAUUUUAAGUCUGCCAUGAACUUAGUUGAAAAGGAAGGUUUUUCGUCAGAGCCUUCUGAAGAUGAUUUCCUCAUCAGGGAGGUUGUACUAACACAUGAUCCCGAUGGUCGAUACCUUGAUUCUGAGCUGCUACUUCAAGCAGUGGAGGAUGUUCUGUGUUCAACUGCUACUGCAGAUUCAUAUUUCCAGGUUUCUGAUCCAUAUGAUGAUGCUACCAUUAUUGAAGUUGUUGGUUCUGAAGAAUCUCUGGAACAGAUUAUCUACAAAGUCUCAAGUGAGAUGCUCUUGAAGUGCUGCGGGGACAGUGAUUUACACACAAAGACAAUGGUCUUAUUGCAGAUGUUAGGAAAAUAUACCUGGGAUGCAAAAGCUGUGAUAAUACUUGCAGCAUUGGCAAUGACCUGUGGUGACUGCUGGCUCAUAAAGCAGCUCUACCCUUAUAAUUACUUCGCAGCAUCAGCUGGUAUGCUUAAGCAAUUUCCCUCGGAUCUGAACUUACUGGGGAUUCAGUUUAAGGCCUUAAGCAUGCUCGCUAAUACAAUGGUAGAAUUGGCGAAGUGUGUCAUCAAAUAUGAAAGAUUGCCCAUGAAAGAAGUACAUCUGGACUACAACACAAUGGCCCUUACAAAAACUCAAAUCUACGUAGCUACUUACAGGAUCUUUAAAGGCUCACUAGAAUUUUCUGCUCAAACGACAGAUUUUGUAGCCAUGAAUCAAGAGAAGUGCAUGAUUUCACAGACAACAACAAUUGCAGCAUGGGGACUCUCAUAUAUGGUACCUAGGUUAAGAAGACUAUGCAAUGACCUCCUGAAACAGGUUGAUUCGUGCCAUGAUCAAACAGAAACAAAGCAGUACAAGGAACUUUCAGAAAUUUUCAGCAAGCCCCAUAACGACAACCAAGAGGUUUUUCAGAUGUUGUUUGCUUUGAAGGAUGAGAUACCAUUAAAAGAUUGCUCUUCACAAGCACAAGUUAACAUCUUCGAACUAGAAGAGAAGGUAGUACUAAUCCUAGUAUCAACGCCAGAGGUUCUCCCCGUAGAUCAGAUACACUUUCUUGAGCAAAGGACACAUAAUCAUCAUUAUCAUAAGAAGAUAGGAAGAAACUAUGAAAUUGUAUGGGUCCCAUUUCCAACUUCAGACACAUGGACUAUUCUCCAGAAGAGAAACUUCAACAUUUUAUCAAAAUCCUUGCCUUGUCUCUGCAUCCGGAAACCCUGGCUACUAAAUUCAGCAGUGUUGAAAUUUAUCAGACAGGAGUGGAACUACAAAAAGCAGUACCCUUUGAUGGUAGCAUUGGAUUCGCAAGGCAUGGUCUCACAUUAUAAUGCAAUGGAUAUGGUGUUCAUAUGGGGUGCUAAGGCUUUUCCCUUUUCUACUUCAAAAGAAAAGGAGCUCUGGGGAGAACAGAGUUGGAGUUUGAAACUACUGUUAGAUGGGGUAGACCCUCUAUUGAUGAAGCGGGUUGAAGAAGGUAGCAACAUAUGCUUAUAUGGAGGUGAUGACUUAUACUGGACAAAAGAGUUCACUUCCAGGUUGGAUGAGAUCAGAGCUGCAGGGCUGAACUUUGAAGUGAUUAAAAUUGAUGAUAAAAGUCCAUCAGUUUAUGAUCCUCAUAAACUGAUACAGAGCAAGAAAUUUUGGCUUCGGUUGGGGAGUAUGAAAAGAUCAAUUCUUUGUGCAGAGAAUACAGCUCCAAAUCAUAGAGUUCUGAAAGAGGUGUUGUGGUUACUAGAAAUGAAUAAUACUAGUAAAAGCUGGGUACUUAUUGGAAAUAAAAAUUCCGAGGAUGUUCUAAAGCUUCAAGAAAUGGAAGCUAUAGAAUGCCUGGAUCUUUUUCCAGUUUGGAAAGAAUAUGUAGGAAGGAUGGGGUUAGUAAGGGCGAUUAAAACUGCGUUUCAACCUAACCUCUCAGGUGGCCCAUGAUCAUGAGUGCUGCUCAAUAUCAAUCAAGCAAAAGGAAAUUCAGUAUUCAGUAAAUGUAUUAAAGAGAAGUUUUCUUUAUCUAUGAAUAGAAAGAAAAUCUGUUUUUAAUUUCUUGCAGUUGGUGACUAUCAUAUACGCAAGGCAUGUUACUGAAACAUGAUAUGCAGAUAUUCUAGUUCAGACUGUAAACCAACUCAUUUCUUGAGCAGAUCAAAUUUACUCCUGCUAAAGCAUGAAUUUACGCAGAGGAUCUAACUGAUAGGCUGUAGUGAAUGCCAUUAUGUCAAUGAAGUCAUAUCAGCUCUGCAAAACGAAUCAAAUCUUAUUAUGGACUUAUAACAGUCUAUUUCCUGCAGAAGUCGGAAAUUGUGAUAGUCCUAUGAAUUAUGCUAACUACAAAUUCGUGUUGCUUGCUCGCCUUUUUAAUGGACCCCUUGAAGCUAUGAAUUAUGUCUUAUCCGGAUUGAGAACCUUUUCACUUGUUCAAGCAAGGAAUGGUAUAUAUCUUCAUAUUCUCCUCUUUUAACAAAGUAAAAGUCAUGAAGAUUGCAAAUUUAUUCUUGAAUUCAAAUUUCCCUUAUCUGUUAAAUAUUGA